AGUAUUUUAUAAAGUGGAAAAAGAAGGACUUUAAAUUUGCCGAUAUUAUCAAUAUAGUAUUAUAAUAUUAUUAUUGCAUGCAUUAUGUGGUAAGACAUUUUAAUCACGAUUUGGUGUUUUAUCAUUUAUAACUGCGGAGGCUCUAGCGAAAAGUGUUUACAAGACCGCUAGCUAAUAUAUUUUAUUUUAAUUCUAAAAUAAUACAACGCAUAAUAUUAGGUAUAUACUAUAUUACAUAUUAUAUCACGAUGAAUUUGUUGUUUUUUUUGCUGGUCGUUUGCAUAGCUAUGAUGGUAGCAUACGGGAGAAAUUCGAUUCGAACUUCAACCAGGAGUCCGCUACAAAUAUCACACGCAAAUAUUAAAAUGGAUUCUGAAGGUAAAAAUAGUAUCAAUAAUAAUUAUAUAUUAUACUCACGGAAAAACAGUGCUGCAAAAACCACAUACGACGCUGUGAAUAAGAGAUGGACACGGAAAAUAUCUACGCAGAAAAUCAAGGAACCCAAAAUGAUUAACAAGGAUGGCUUAAACAUUCAAAAUCGUAUCGCUAAUAAUACCAUUUCCAUAAGGGAGAACAUCCAAAUGGCUUUGAUAAGACCCAAGUUGAGGCAAGUUAAGUGUCCAGAAGGGAUGGUUCGAGACAACAGAGGAGAAUGCGCCUUUAAGUUUUCCGAAUAUUGAAAACAUGGUAUGCGUUAAAUCCUAAAUAGGAUAUUGUAAUCAAUUUACAUCUGUAGAAAAUUAAUUUUUUUUUUUGUAAAUUAUUUGUUUAAAACGAUAACAUAUCUAUCAAUGUCAACACAUACGAUUAUAAUAAAGUCGCUUCUAUACUAAAA